AUGGCUGGACUUUCCGCCCUAUUCAUUAAGAUAUUUACCUUUAGAAGAAAACGAAAACGUAGACAUAGUCUCCAAACUCGUAAUGCCCCCAAACGUAAUGUUCUUAGUCGUAGUCGAAGCGUUCACACUAAUCCACUAAGCGACAAUACUAACCAAGACUACAAAGACAGAGCCUCUGGCGUCUCUGAAGUCAGCAUUGAAUUAGUGCGUCUCGACACGCUUCCCAUUACUUCUCCAAUAACCCAACCCAGCACGCAACGCGACACCCAAUUCUCCCAAAACUCUGACGACUAUUCGUACGCAAAACUACCCCCAAUCUCUUCGCAGUCCGUUAACGACAUUGACUCAGUUACCCUUGUCAAGACACCAACUGCAAGUACCUCCUCAACGCUUCUCGUCGCUACACCUUCAACCCCCACGUUUCGCAAAGGACCCUGGCCUAUUCCAGCACGUCCGCUCAGUGGUCGAAGGGAUUGGCGUAGCGGCUAUAAACCGAUAGACAAAACGAUCCAGGCAAUUCGACUAGACUAUCCUGAACCAGCUCAUAAUCUCGUAUGGGUACCUUUCGAAGAGUUCACCAACCUUCGCUUUGUUGCCCGUGGUGGAUUUGCUGCUGUUUACCAAGCAACAUGGUUGAAGACAGCACAGCGAAUAGCCUUGAAGGCAUUGGACGACUCACAAGACAUAAGCGAGGCUUUCCUUGAAUCGGUGAAGACACACUGGGAGUUGUUCUCCCAACCUUAUUUUGCCCGUCUUUAUGGUUUCACCCAAUUACCAGACACAGGCGAGUUCAUGCUAGUUAUACAGUAUGCUCCAUACGGUAACUUGCAUGUAUUCUGUCAGAGAAACCAAAUGUCAGGAUGGAAGGAUAGAGUACGAAUAUUGAAAUGUAUUGCUCACGGAAUCGCGGAAUUACAUAAAAAAGGUCUUGUGCACGGUGACUUACACCCAGGGAAUGUGCUAAACGUAGACGGGAAUAGAUUUGUGAUAGGUGACGUAGGAACCAGCGGUCCAGCCAAUGCUAUGACUCGUCGUAAAGCAAUGUACGGUGUACUUCCUUAUAUAGCGCCCGAAGUACUCAAAGGGCAAGAGUACACCAAGCGAGCUGAUAUCUAUAGUUUUGCAAUGAUAAUGUGGGAAUUAGCAGCCGGGUCUCGACCAUAUGCAGGGCGACCACAUGACCUGUUCCUUGCUAAAGAAAUUUGCGAUGGGCUUCGGCCUCCUACGCCUGCCGAUACACCAAAGUUCUAUGAAGAUUUAAUGAUAGCAUGCUGGGAUCCGAAUCCGCGAUCGCGUCCGGAUUCGCAAGAAAUAUUACAAACCGUGUUCAAGUGGAUGUUGAAUGAUAGGGUAGCGGCGAGUUCAAGAAGGGAGAAAGUUUCGAGGUCUGUGCUUUCGUGUUCGAUAGAAGAUAUACAUCCGGAUGCGUAUUACUUUAGUCGGCUGUUGCAGUGGCCACACCUUCGAGAAGGCAGAGAUGCUGUCGCAUCUCUUAUGAUUCCUAGAACUCCGGCCAAGAGCUAUUAUAUUGCGGACGAAAGACAAAGUAACUAUCUUAAUCUUCCCCAACACAUUUAUCAAUUUGGAUUUCAUGGCCGGGCUUUGUUAGGACCGGAACCAAAAAAAUCCGAGAACAUGGACGAACCUAACUCAAAAAGAAGAUGUAAGACAGGUUCUGAAUACGGAUCUGACCCCACACUAAGUAUCCAUAUGACAGAUGAUGAAAUCUCAACAGUACAAGCAUAUUGGGCCAAUGAGAAACUCCCAUAG